AAUAAAUAUUUCUUAUGAAAAAUAAGUUUCUUAGAUGACACACAACACAUCACAGUUGAAUGAUGAAAUUAAUUGCGAAAUUUUCUUAUCUAACCCCUUGAGGUCGAUAGUUUAUAGGGGCAUUGACGAUAAUCUGAAAUAAGACUGUAGGGGGUCUAGAAUGCACUUCUAAAGAGACUGAUAUUAAUAUUUACUUCAUAUUUGUCCAUAUGUAUAUCAACAUUUGUUCCAUUCGCAAACACAUUACGUAAAAUUGAUGACGUAUAAAAGGAGAGAAUACUUUAAUACUUUUACAAUAUUGAAUUGAUUAAAUGUAACUAAAAAAAAAGUUGAUGUUUAACAAAUUCUAACACUUAAGAUAAAUAUAAAAAUGUCUCAGGAUAUGCAAGAUGAAAGUUGUUCUCGUGCAAUAUCUCGUCUUUCAAUAAAUGACGUAUCAAGAAAGUCAACUUCUAAAUCAGAAGGUAGAAAUAAAGAAGUUUCUGGACUCACACAUGAAUGUGGUGUUUUUGGGUGCAUUGCUGCAGGCGAUUGGCCAUCACAAAUUGAUGUAAGCCAAGUGAUAUGUCUUGGUUUAGUUGCUUUGCAACACAGAGGUCAAGAAAGUGCUGGAAUUGUUACAAGUAAAGGUGUCUGCUCUAAAUCGUUUUAUGUUCAUAAGGGUAUGGGAAUGAUCAAUAACAUUUUCAAUGAUGAAAGCAUGAAGAAACUCAAAGGCAAUUUAGGAAUAGGUCAUACUAGAUACAGCACUUGUGCAGCUAGCGAAGAAGUCAAUUGUCAACCUUUCGUAGUUCAUACAGCACAUGGUGCCUUAGCAGUUGCUCAUAAUGGAGAACUUGUAAAUACAGAAUCAUUAAGGAAAAUGGUAUUAGGUAGGGGUGUGGGUCUUUCGACGUAUUCGGAUUCUGAAUUGAUAACGCAAGCUUUAUGUUUAAAUCCUCCUGAAGGUGAAGUUAAUGGCCCUGAUUGGCCAGCACGUAUCAAACAUCUCAUGCAUUUAGCACCAUUAUCUUAUUCUUUAGUAAUCAUGCAAAGAGAUAAAAUUUAUGGUGUUAGAGACCCAUAUGGAAACAGGCCUUUGUGUUUAGGAAAAAUAGUACCUGUUGGCAAACUUGCUGCAAGUGAAUCGGAUGACGAUGAUGAAGCAGAAGGUUGGGUAAUCUCGUCAGAAUCUUGUGGUUUCUUAAGCAUUGGUGCAAGAUAUGUUCGGGAAGUUUUUCCAGGUGAAAUUGUUGAAUUGACUCGUGAAGGUAUUAAAACGAUUGACAUUGUAGAAAGACCAAAGAAUAAACGACAAGCAUUUUGCAUAUUUGAAUAUGUUUACUUUGCCCGAAGUGACAGUAUUUUUGAAGGACAAAUGGUAUAUUCAGUUCGUAUGCAAUGUGGUCGUGUAUUAGCAAUAGAAUCUCCGGUAGAAGCUGACAUAGUUAGUUCUGUACCAGAAUCUGGUACUGCAGCAGCACAUGGUUAUGCUAGACAGUCUCAAAUACCAUUUGCUGAAGUACUUUGCAAGAAUAGAUACGUUGGAAGAACAUUCAUUCAACCCAGCACAAGAUUAAGACAAUUAGGAGUUGCUAAAAAAUUUGGAGCUUUAUCCGAAAACGUAAAAGGAAAAAAAUUAAUUCUGAUCGAUGAUUCUAUUGUUAGAGGAAACACUAUUGGACCAAUCAUAAAACUUUUACGUGAUGCAGGAGCAAAAGAAGUACAUAUCAGAGUAGCAUCGCCUCCCUUAAAAUAUCCAUGUUAUAUGGGGAUUAACAUUCCAACGAGAGAAGAACUAAUUGCUAAUAAGCUUGACAAUGUAAAAUUAGCCAAGCAUGUUGGCGCUGAUAGUUUGACAUACCUUUCUGUGGAAGGACUUGUUCAAGCUGUUAGACACAAUAUGGAUAAUAAAGAAAGCAGUUAUGUUGGUCACUGCACUGCUUGCUUGACAGGAGAAUAUCCUGACGAACUACCUGGCGAUUUAGAUUGGUGAAUCCGUUAUACAUUGGACAAUCCAUUAUUUCACUAAGAGGAUAUUGGAUCCUUUUUUCCAAUGCAAAUCUUCAAUCUA